CUUAAAUGGUGAUCGUUUCGUAUAGAACACUUUGAAACUUGAAAAAUAAUAAAAUAAAAAAUUCGUUCAAUCGCGUACUGCGUAUGAAAUGCGGGAUGUGUAAUAGGAGGGCGUCAAGGUAACAGUUCACUUACGCCCUUUGCGUAGUCGCUUAACUCCGAUUGCGCCAUCCCCCUGGCCUAAGUCGGCAGCGGUGAAAUUGAGGCGGGGAAUUGCAUAUCUAAGUGUAUCAGAAUUGACACCAUUCAAGAGUUCGGCGUCAUUCAUUCAAACGCUCCUCAAUCCCAAUCUCAACAUCGAAAUAUGAGAAAUAUCCUACAGGAAAACCCAUCAGGCACCGCUGUCGUGGAGAUGGCGUCGAACAAGGAUCUAAAAGGGCACAAGCUACUAUUACUCGUGCCCUGGGAUCCGUCCGCGGAGUACAUCGACGGGUUGCAUAAAUCGUUUCCCGGCCUGGAGGUCAUUCACGCCAAUUGGGACACGUGGAAGGAGAGCUCAUUGCCGAGUCAGAUCAAGGAAGAGGAUUGGAAGACCGUCACUAUUCUUCUCACAGGCCCGAAGUUUCCUACCAAGGAGGCGGCGCCAAACCUCAAGCUAGUCCAGCUCCAGAGCGCGGGCGCAAAUUACAUCUUGAACAACCCGUUGUUCACCGAUACGGAUAUUGCUUUUUGCACCGCCAAUGGCGUCCAUCCACCUCAGAUCUCGGAGUGGGUCAUAACCACUUUCUUAGCCUUUGAACACCACAUUCCACGUUUCCUUGAUAACAUGAAGGAACACAAAUGGGAACAUAGCUUCGACGACUCGGACACCCAAGACGCCGUCAACCAACGAGUAGGCAUCUUCGGGUAUGGAAGUAUCGGCAGGCAAGUAGCGCGGCUUGCCAAAGCCCUCGGAAUGGACGUCUACGCCUACACGAACAGGCCCAGACCCACGCCCGAGUCACGCCGGGAUAAUUCGUACAUCGUGCCCGGCCUAGGCGAUCCAGAGGGUGUUCUACCAUCGAAAUGGUUCUCAGGCACGAAACCAGAGGAAGUUAUCGAGUUCCUGUCCUCGGAUCUCGAUCUGCUGGUCCUCGCAGUGCCACUAACGCCUCAGACGAAAGGGCUGAUUUCCGCUCCGCAAUUGGAGGCGCUAAAGAGGAAGAAGACGUACGUUGUCAAUAUCGGACGAGGUCCGGUCAUCAACACGGAUGACUUGAUAACAGCUCUCAACGAAAACUGGAUCCGGGGAGCUGCCCUAGACGUUACUGAUCCCGAACCCUUGCCAAAAGGACACCCCUUAUGGGAUGCGAAGAACAUAAUCAUCACGCCGCAUGUCAGCGGUAACUCGACGAGCUAUAAUCGCCGCCUGUUAGAUAUCCUGAACAUUAAUCUUCACAGACUAAGCGAGGGCAAGGAGUAUUUGAAUAGAGUAAGCAAGUCAAGAGGAUAUUAGGUAGACUUUUGCAAAUAGACGGAGCAGGUGUGUAUCUUGUUAGUCAAAAAGGAGAAAGGAAAAGUAUCUAGCAAUGUAGAAAUUCGGCAUCUAAAUGCAGAGUGAUCUUCAGAGGGGCAAUGCGAAACCUAGCCAAUCAUAAUUAAGCUUUUGUGGACGCUAGUGGACUUUAGAGGCUGCUAAGCACUAUUUAGGGAACUGGGCCACUAAGGUAAGGCGCCGCACAGCUCAGAUACUGGAUGCUUCAUAUUGGAUGAUAAGACUUUGGCCUACGAGCAAAUGUGCGAGACUUUUGACUUAUACUUUCGUAUGAGUCUCUAUUAUGUGGAAGAAGUUGUGUAGAAGAGCC